AGUCCAGAGAACAGAGCAGUCAGAGAGUAGACGACCUGCUGCAAGAAAGACAACUCUGUUCAGCUGUUCCCUGAAGCUGUACCAUCCCACUGAGAGGAUGAAGGUCUCUGUGACUGCCUUCUUUCUCCUCAUCUUCAUCCUCACCACUACUUUUACUUUUUGCAGCCAGCCGAAAAUUCCUGAGUCGGUGAACCAUCCACCCACCUGCUGCCUGAAGUAUCAUGAGAAAGUGUUGCCAAGGAAACUGGUGGCAGGAUACAGAAAGGCCCUCAACUGUCACCUGCCAGCAAUCAUAUUUGUCACCAAAAGGAACCGAGAAGUCUGCGCCAACCCCAGCGACAAAUGGGUCCAAGAGUACAUCCAGGAUCCCAGGCUACCUUUGCUGCCCCCCAGAAGUGUGGGCAGGGUUAAAAUUAUUACAUCAAAGAAAGACUAACCCUAGCUCCUCAAGUCCCCACGAGAACCAGGCCUUAGUAGAAGCCCAAACUUAUGGAACGAAGGAACAAACCUAUGGAGAUGGAGCAACUGUAUGGUCUGAAACUAGCAAAACCACAUUCAGAGAAACAGGCUGAUGAUUGAAAUAAAGAAAAUGUAUUUCUAAUAUUUUCUCAGUCUCGGGAGGAAAUGCCAGCAUUAUGGGAGGUAGGCAGAAAUACAUUCUCAAUACACAAGAAAACUUCUUUCACAUCCCUCCCCGGGCUCUGCUUGCAACUCCUCACCCCACACCAAUACUCCAGCCAUUCUGAAUAAUUAGCCAGUCUCCAGCCUGCCAGAGUCUGGCCUCUCGGUCUUGACCCAUCCAGAGCCACCCGGAACUCUUGACUUUUCCUGUCCAUACUUAGCCCUUUUCUGGAUGUAGUUUUUUCUUCCGUUAUUCUUUUCUCUUAGCAGGCCAGGGAUAUUCACAUUAAUCAUUUUUGUCCUUGUUGCAGAGGCUUUGCUAGACCAUGGUCACUUUUGUCUUCCCCAGGGUGGCGCAGAUACAGAGUGUACCUGAUCGAAAAGGAAGAGGCACAAAUUUCUGCCUCCCAUGCUGAGCUUUGUGGAGCAAGGGAAGGGCACUAGACAAGGUUGGGGGUAAACUCUUGAUCUAAAACUCAAGCAUACAAUAAAUAAAAUUUCCUUAAUUGCCAACUUGA